AUGUGUUACCCAUUAAAAUCGCUAGCUUCAGAAUCUUGCUCGUAUUUUUACUUUAUCCGAAAUCCAUUCACGCUUAUAAAAAUGAAUGUAAAAUAUCUCAUCUUCGCUCUCGUCUUACUCAUUUCUGCCGUCUCCACUUUGGCGGUACCAGUGAUCCCAGUCGAUGGAGGUGUUCGUUCUGGUCCAAACUGUUAUUACGUAUAUGGAUCUUACGGGCGUUGCGGUCCAAUCGGUCCAAUCGAUCCACCUGUCGUCGCUUAUUAA